CAGCCAAUUUGUCGCUUUAUUGGUUCUGCGAAAAUACCCCUCUACCGUCUUCUAUAUCCAGGUGACUACGCCGAGAUGGGCCGUCACUCUUGUCUACAGAGCAGGCCUGCCGACUCUAAGCCAGAAAUCAAGUCCCGAUCUAGAGUUCCCAAAUCAGUUCGUAUUUCCGGUGAGAUUGUCCUUUCAAGCGGCCAUGCCACCGUCAUAUUCGAUUGUAUACUUAACAUCCUUGCUCUGUCUUCUUGAAACACGCAUGCAUGCUCCAGUGAUGGGUUAUACAUUUUUAUUGAAGUAUGAUAAUGUGAACUGA